AUGGAUCUUUCGGUUACAAUUUAUGAUCAAUCAUCAAAACGUUUAAAUGAUGAUCGAAAUUAUUGUAAUCUAACAACGGGUAGAAAAUUUUUUCUUCAAAAUCUUAAUACAAAAUUUAUCGAUAUGAAUAUUGAGUUGGAAAAUUUGAUAAAUUUCUUACCAAAAACCAAUUCAUUACUGCAUAAUUAUUUUGGUAUUGCAUUACGUCAGGAAAUCAAUCCAACAAAUAUUCGUUUUGAUGUUUUUAUCAAAAACAUGACCAAUAUUAACGAUAAUGGUACAAAUCAAUAUGAAUAUUCAACUACAGUAGCAAAACGACGUAAAUGUACACCAUAUGAAUUUGAAUGUAUCCAAGAUUCUCAAUGUAUCGAUUUAUCAUUGGUCGGAAAUGGUAUUGCUGAUUGUAAUGAUCGUUCGGAUGAAUGUUCAGAUCCUUCAAGGGAAUUUCGUUGUCGUUGUGGUCGACCAGUUUGUAUUGAUCGUCAACAUUAUAUGGAUGGACAAAUUAAUUGUGAAGAUGGUUCGGAUGAAGGUCUUACGGUUACUAUUUGUCAAAGUUUUAUACAAAAUGAACUUUUACCUAAUAAUAAUAAUAACGGAAUAUUAACCCGUCAAAUGCUUCCAUUCGAGCACCAUGAAAGGCCAUCAUCCAAUAAUAAUGAUCCAAAUAUUGAUGGCGAUGAUAAUCAAACAACAACAACAACCAUAAAUGAAAAUAGAUAUACAGCUGAUGCUGAUUCGGAUGAUAUUGUUGAUGAUUUGGAUGAUCCAAUUCUUUUGAUACCAGAAAAUUUACAAGAAAUAUUUUCCGGUCAUUUUUUUGAUUCAAUUUCAACAUCACCAUUUGUUGAAUUGGAAACAACAAUAAAUUCUACUGAUGCUGAAGCUGAUGACGAUGAUAAUAUUGUUACCACAAUCAACAACAAUGGUGGUAAAGAUAAAAAUCAAUUUCUAUCACCAUCACCAUCGAUAUCGAUCGAUAAUCAGCUCAAUUCAACAACAACAACAACCAUGAUUGAAUCAUCAAUGAAAUCUUUACCAUCAACGACGACAACAAGUCAAGAAAUAGUCGAAUUGACUGGGACAUUUUUACCAUAUGAAUUGUUAACAGCACCAUCAAAAUAUCCAUAUUAUCGUCAUUAUCAACGAUCAUCAUCGAUAAUUCAAUUGGAAAAUUUAAAUGACAAAAAUUCAAUUGUUGAAAUAACUGGAACAUUUAUACCGGCAACAACAACUCAAACUCAAACUCAAACACAAUCGAUAUCGUUCGAUAGUGAAACUGAAUAUCGUCCAUCACCACCGAUAACAACACAAUCGAUAACAAAACAAUCAUCCAUGGUUGCCGAACAACCUAUUUUUAUCGAUAAUAAUCAUACCAAGGUGGUAGAAAUAGUGGAAAUGAAACAACAAAAAAUUAAACAAGCAACAAAUCAAACAUUUUUAAUCGGUAAUCGUCGUUUGAUUUUAUUGACGGGUAUUUUUAUCGAUACCGAUGAUAAUAAUGAUGCGGGUACAGCAUUCAUAGUGGCGUGUUCACAAAAUCGAUUACAUCAAUCAAUCAAAUCAUCCGACACUGAUGAUGAUGGUAGAAUCUGUGAUAAUAAUGUUCCGAUAAAAAUAUGGAAAGAACCACGACAACGACAAUCAUCAUCGACAUCGACAACAUUAUCGGUAAAUUUAGCCACGGGUGGAAAAUCAUUGAUUGUUGUGCCGAUGUUUACCACAAAUGGCCAUAAUAAUCAUCAUCAUCAGUCGGAUGACAAUAUUAAAAUGAUUCAUGCUGAAAUUGAAUUGAAUUUUAAUGAUGGUCAUCAUCGUCAAGGUAGUAAUAGCCGUCGACAAAUUUUAUCCGGUUUAGGCUGGAAAAAUGUAUCGAAAAUUCAGGUCAACACUGAUCGAAAAUAUAUUCCAUUUAUGGUGAAGGAUUUACAGCUUGGAUCAUCAGUUGUUGAUGUACGAUUUGAUUGGCGAAAACAAUUGUCCAAUGUACAGAUUAUCGAUAUAAAUGAUGAUAUCGAUCAUCAUAAUCAUCAGCAUUCGUCGUUUGUAUUACCAUCAUCGUCGUCAUUAUCAUCAUCAACGACAUCCAGCAUCGAUGUACCACAGUUGAUGUCAUCAAAAAUUCCCGUAUCGAUUAAAUCAACAAAAUCGAUUGGACGACGACGAAUGAAAACAACAACUGUUGGACGUUUUCAUCAACAAGAUGAAGAGAAUAAAUCACGUUUGGAUAGUUAUUUUCCUGAUGGUAAUAUACCACAUUAUGAUCCAACUUUAUUUGUACGGCAACCAUCACCAUCACCAACGCCAUCGAUUUCGAUGAUGAAUCAAAUUCGUUCGACAAGUACGAUAUUUGGUUUUAUUGAUUUUACCACCAUUGUUAAUGGAACAAUGUUGAUUUUUACACCAAAAAUCAAAACCGAAUCGCUACCUGAUCAUCGACAAACAACGACUAUGAUUAAACCGACAAAAGUUGCUCAUCUUAAUCCGGUGUCAACAACUAUUUCGACACUGUUGGGUAAAUCUAUUCCAACAUAUAACGAUAAAAAUGAUUUAUCAUCGCAACAACAAUCAAUAACGAUAAUUCCGGAUAAACCGGGUAAAUAUAAUGAAUAUUUAGUUACAAACAAUGAUAAUGAUGGUUUAACCAUUACAAAUGGAUUUAUAUUGCCAAGUUUUUCAUCUUCGAAAUCAUCAACAGCUAGUCAUUCAACAAAACCAUCAAAGAAAAAAUUAUUGGCAACAACAUUUACAACAAAACAUACAGAUUUUUUUACCGAACAAAUCAAUGGUAAACCAGUGAUACGAACAUCGGAAAUUAUAUCGACCAAUGUUGUUUACAACAGUGAUGAUCAUCUGAUUAGGCCAACAAAACCAAUGAAAACAUAUUUCACAACUUUUACUUAUUUUACAACAUUUAAAAAUACAGAAACUGAAUUUGUUCAUAGCCGGAAAGAGAUUGUAACAAAUAUUGUUGAUCCGGACGAUGAUGAUAAUUCUGCCAUUAUUGCACCAACAACAACAACAUCAUUAUCAUCAUCAUCAAUCACGUCGUCAAAGAUGGCCGAGAUUUCCGAUGUUGAUGAUCCACAUCUAUCAUCAUCUUCUUCCGCUAUUCAUUUGAUUGACACAAGACCUUUGUCUUCGUCAUCAUUAUCAUCAUUAAUGUCGACUUUGACAGAAACAAUGAAAAUGAAUGAUGAUAAUGAUGAUGGUCAUCAUCAUCAACAACAACAACAAACGACGAUAAUACCAACACCAAGUCUUGAAGAUGCCAUCAAAAUUCAAUCAUCAUUGAAAAAUAAUAAUAACAGUAAAUCAUAUUUGGGAAAAUUUUUAUUAUCCGGUAUUGCUGUUCCAAUAACACAUUAUACAACAUUUACUUAUUAUACAACUUUUUUUCGUGAUCAAACUUCGCAAAUUGUUUCACGAACAAAUAUUAUUUCAAAUAUUGUUACCGGUACGAUCAAUCUUAAUCAACAGCAGACUAAUCCGUCACCGAUAAUGACAUCAUCCGCAUCUUCGGCAUCGAUACAUAAACGUUCGAUUGUUGAUUGGCCAGUUGCCGAAGCUGAAAAUCUACCAAUUAUCAUAACACCGGUUACCGAAUUAUCGACAUCAACAUUGUUCACAACGUUUUUCGUACCUGGUCAAGGUUCAACGAUUGUAACUCAAACACAUAUUUAUUCGAAUAUUUUUCUACCCGAAGUUGAUGAUAUUAUUCGACAACGUAGUAGUUCGACUAUUUCUACACAACAAGUUCAACGUCCGACAAAAACAUUUCAAAAUGUUGUCUAUCCAAUUAUAGCAACAAUUAAUUAUAAUCAAGUUUUGUCAUCGAAUAUCGGUAAUCAUAAUCAUCAUCCUGAAGAAGAAGUAUCAUCAUCUACAUUGAGUCGUAAUCAGCAACAACAGCGACAAUCAUCUUCGAUCGGUCAUGACGGUAUCGUUCGACUUAUCAAUGGAAUACCUGUUUUGGAUGAUCAAAUUGUUUUGAAUACAGGUACCGCUGCUGAUGAUAAUGAAAAAUCGCAAACCAUUGUACCAUAUAUACCACAAUCAGUUCGUGAACAAAGAUUAUCAUCAUCAUCAUUGGCUCGUAUUGAAAUUGAAGGUUCAAAUGAUGAUGACGUUGGAGCAAUCACAAACACUGUGACCACAACCCGACGCAAAGUAAUCAAAGUAACAAAAACACGAAAACUUUCGAACGGCUCUGGUGAUGGUAAAUCCACAACGGUUAUUAUUCGUAGGCCGUCAUCAUCAUUGCGAUCCGACGAAGCAUCCAAUACAAUUCAUCUUCAUCAUGAUAAUGAGGAUGAUGGUCAUUAUCAUCAAAUAGAUCGUACUGGACGAUUACAUCCAUCAAUAACACCAACACCAGUAACAUAUUAUACAACUUAUACUUAUUUUACAACCGAAUUAAUUGAUGGUCGUCCUGUUGUCCGUUCGAAUGAACAUCUUUUUUCAACAGUUAUUACUGGAAAAAUACUACCCACACGAAUUGUACCUGAUCAAACAAAUUUACGUCGUAUUCGUCGUACAGUUUCUUUAUCGUUGAUUGAAUCAAUGGAUAAUAUUUCUAGUCCAAACAACGAUCAUCAAUCUUCAGUUGUAGAUGAAUCCACCAGAAAAAUUGGUAUCGUUUCCGAAAUGACCAAUGAUAAUCUUGUUACACAAAUUAUUGGUACAAAAAUCAAUGGAUUUUAUGCACAAUUUGCCAUAACAAAAACAUUAGAAUCCAAUGAAAUGAUAACUACGUUAACUACUGAAUCGGUAAUGAACGAAACUAUCGAUAUGAAUUCAGCGACAAUCGAUACAACAACCGAAUCGAAUGAAAUUGAUCAACAGGAUACAACAACAACAACAGAAAUGUCGAAUAUUAUUGAUGAAGAAUCGAUUACAACAGAAUCGCCACCGAUUGAUAACAAACAAGAUUCUGAUGAAAUGAUGAUCGAUGAUUCAUGGUUAAGUGAUGAAAAUCAAGAAUCGAUUGAUCCUUCUUCAAUGUUGAUCAGUUCAUCAUUACCUGAUUUGAUUGUUGAACCAAUAUUUACAUCAACAAAAGUAACACCAGAAUUAUGUUCACAUUCUUCUUCUUCUUCUUCUUUGUCGGAUAAAUCGAUUAUUGAUCAUCAAACCGGUAUAAUAUCAUCAACAAUCGAAACAAUAACCGAUUUCGAACGACAACAUUUGAUUUAUUUAACAAAAGAAUUAAUCGGUACGUAUAUUGGAGGUAUAUAUGCACAUUUGGCUAAAACACGUUCCGAAACUAUUACCACCACUUUACCACCACCACCACCAACAACAACAACACCAACAUUACAAACAACAACAAUAUUGCACGAUUUAUUAUUAUCCGGUUCUUUGGAUCUUUUUCCAUCUAUCAAUGCUUCUGUUAUCACUUCUUCUUCUUCAACUAUCCCUACUCCUGCAAAAAAUGAAAGCAUCACAUCUUUUGAAUCUGAUAAUUUGCACGAAUCUAUGAAUGAUAUUAUUUCCUCGCCUACCCCAACCGUAUUUUCUCUCAAUAUUUCUACUUCCACUUCUUCUUCUUCUUAUCUGUCUAAUUCUGUUGAUAUCGAUGAUGAUGAUAAUGGAAAACAAUCUACCAUUGUUGAUUUAUGGCCAUCAUUAUCCGGUUUAUCAUCAAUUUCUUAUGCAACCGAAACAAUCAAUAAAACAUUAUUGAUAAUACAUACAACAGAAUUUUAUACAACACAAAUUAAUGGUUUUACAGCACAUUAUUCACGUGAAACAUCCAAUUUGAUUGGUACAAUUGAUCCAACAACUAUUUCGACUACUGCACGACCAUCGGUUCAUUUUCCAACACCGGUACGAUUUUUAUUUAGUUCAUCGUCAUCAGCAUUAUCACCAACACCUGUACAACAGCAAAUAAUUACCACUAUUGUUACAGUAACAACAACACUUUUCAAUGAUCAUUAUCAAUCAUCUUUCAAUAAUGAUGAUGAUGAUGGUGGUGGUUAUUCAUCAACACCAUCAUCGUCGAAUCAAAAUUCUGGAUUAAUUCAAAGUGAAUCAAAUUCAUGGCUAUUAGCAUCAAGAAAAUUAUUAAAACCAUUUCAGAAUUUUAUGAAUGGAAAUUCAAAUAUGCAAUCAUCAUCAUCAUCUGGAAAUCAAAUGCCAAGAAGUCGUACAAUACGGGAAAAAGAUAAUAGACAACCAUUUGUUGAUUAUGAUACUGGUAAUGUUAAUGUUGAUGAUGAUAUGGAUGUUGAUUAUGUUGAUCAAAUUGAUACACCAGCUAUUAAUCGUCAACCGUCAUCAUUCUCUUCUUCGACAACAACAACUAUUGCACCAAAAACUUUGGCUAGAAAUUCAUAUUGGCAACCAAGACAUAAUAAUCAAGCUGGAUUUGGUCAACGUGUUGGUGCAUCAAAUGAACCAAAUUCAAAUUGGUCAAAUACACGGCCAGCUGUAGUAGCUAAUGGUGGUGGUCGUCGUCGAACAACAAAUACAUUACCAGUUGCUGCAACUACAUCCGCAACACGUUCAUCAGAAUUUUUUCAUUAUAAUGAUCCUACAAGAUUUGUUGCUGCUACAGAUGAUCGGAUAAGAUUAAAUUCACAAGAUCAACGACAACAUUCAACAUCAAAUCAUGGUAGAAGUUUGAAUCGUAAUCGUAGUCUGAAUCGUGGACAUCGUGGUUAUCCAUCAACAACCACGACUACGACUACAGCUAGUCCAAGAAAUAUAAAUCUACUUCCUAAUCAAAGACUUCGUUUGAAUCGUAAAUAUAGUCGAAAUCGUUUACCUCAUCAGCAACAACAACAGAAACAACAUUCUUCUCAAUCAUUUCAACGAUCAUCAUCAUCAAAAUCAAAUGGUGAUUCAAUGAUGGAUCAACCAAGAAAAUUUACACGUGGAAAUUAUCGUUCAAGAUUUAUUCAACCAUCAAUCAAUUCUCAACCAUCAACAGUAUUAACUAGUACUGUAUAUGCAACCGAAACUAUACCGAAAAUUCCAAUAACAAUUACAUCAAUUGCAACAAUAGUAAAAACUGUACCAAUUUUUCAUGGUUUUCGUACAUCAUUAGCAACGCUAACAACAACAUCAUUAUCAACAAGUGUUAUACCGAAUACAUCAUAUGAAACAAUUGUCGAUAGUGAUAAUGAUAGUAUAACACGAACAUUAUUUACACGUAUUACUGAUCAAUUUGAACCAUAUAAAAUUACCGAUAUUCUAGUCACUACAUCAGCAUUACAAGAAAUUAAAUUAGUUCCUAUAAAAUUUGGUUAUAGUACCCGGACAGAAACAUUAACUAAUGUUAAAACAUUUACAAUGUUGACAACAUUAGUUUCAACUGAUUCAUUGUUAAUCCCACCACCACCAUCAUUUUCAACAUUAUUAUCACCAAAUUUACCAUCGGGUAGUACUAUAUCGACAACAACAUUUGUAACUGAACAUACAUUAUCAUCAACCACAUCAGUAUCAUUAUUAUUACAUGGAAAAACAUUAAUUAGUACAUUAACAUUUACAUCGGUUGCACCAACAACCAUAACAAAAACAUUAACAGUUCCAAUACAAAAUGAUAUUGUUGAUUCAUCAUUAGUAACAACAAUGUUAACAUUAUCAAUACGUGGUGAUAAUGGUGAUUUAACUGAAUUAGUAACAGCUAUUACAGUUUCAUUACAACCAUCACAUCAUAUUAUACAGCCAACUAUUAUGGCUACAAAAGUUGAACGUGAUAUUCGUUCAACAACCGAUUAUAGUCGAUUUGAUAAUCAGGAUGAUAAUCAAAAUGAUGAACGAAUGUUUGAUGAUGAUCAAGAGGAUUUAGGAUUAGGGUCGAUUCUGUUAGAAAGUUCUUCGUCGACUGGACAGCAAACAAAAUCUCCAAUUCGAUCUUACAGGUCACCAUCAUCGAAUAAUCGAAAGAAUCAAAAGAAUCCAAAUCCAUUUAUUUCCGCUUCCUUUAUGACUGUUGAUUCACGAUUACCAACUAAAUUACGCAAUGAUCAGACAACCAAAAUUCAUGAUUCUCAUCCUAAUAAUUUUAUUACUACAAUUUUUAAAGGUCCAAAUACGGAAAUAUAUGAAACAAAUGCAUUCGAUGCUGAUUCGGAACAACAAUCGCAAUCGGGAACUACAUUUCAAAAACGUAAACUAUUACAAUAUAAUGAUAAUAUUUAUAAAGAAUUAUCAUCAACAUCCAAUGGUGCCGCAUCAAAUUCAUUUCCAUCUGAACGUACAAAACCAAAUCAACGAAAAUUUCAACGUGUACGGAUUAAAUCCAAAUCUGCUACUGGAUCAUCAUCGGAUUCAUCAUCUCGUCUGGCCGAAUUCAACCGAUUGGUAGGUAUUCAAUCGGAAAAUCAAACACCAUCUUUAUCACCAUCGCAGAAUUUCAGCCCCGAAUCAUUCAAUUCAUUUCGACGACAACCAUUAGUUAAUCAUCAAUUUGAUCAACCAUUUAAUCUUUAUAGUAGUGUUGUAUUACAAUCGAUACCAUCGAUUAGUUCAACAGCAUCUUACUUAUUGGCAAAUAAUUUUCAAAAGCCAACAUAUCGUAAAAUUAAACCACAACAACAUCAUCAUAAUCAUCAUCAACAAAAUAAUCGUCAUCGAAUUGUUUCAAGUAUUCGACAUCAAUUGAAUCCUAGCAUUCAACCAAGUCAGGUAUUAUCAUCAUCAUCAUCAACAGCAAAUCUAAUGAUUGCUUCAUCGGCUGUACCAUCGUUUAUUGAAAUUCCAAAUCAAUUUAAUCCACAUCAUCAACAUCAUCAUCAACAUUAUCCACGAUUACCAUCAAGUCCACCAUUACCAAUUCAAACAGAUCCCCGUCAUGUUAUUCAACAUAUUAAUCGUGGAAUAUUACCAAAUAAAAAUCGUAAUAAUCCUGUUAAUCAAUUUAAUGUUCAUAAUGUAAUGGAUGAUCAACCAUCAUCAUUUGUACAUGAUACUGGAUCAAAUUAUCCACCACCAUUUCAUUAUGAUCAAGAUAUUCGUGAUUCGUCUUCGUCCAAUCAAUAUUCUCCAUCAUCUUCAUCAUCAUCAUCAUUAUCAUCGUCAACAACGGAUCAGAUUCGACAAGAAUCACCAUCAUCGAUUCAUACACCAACAAUUCCAUUAACUUAUUAUACAACAUUUACAUAUUUAACAACCGUAAUACGUGGACAACAUACUGCACAUCUGAGUAGGGAAAGUGUUACAUCAACAAUAACAACAACAGCAUUGGAAAAAAGUAUUGUUGAAAUUGUACGUGAUUCGGAUGGUAUUAUUGAACCAACAAGGCUGCAGGAAUUAGGAUCAAAAACUAAAGGCCUGGCUACAACUAUUUAUAAUGCAUUAUAUCAGGUUCAAAUUUAUAAUGAAGAUUUAUAUAAAGUAAUACAAAAAACAUAUAAUAAACAAGUAUCAUUUCGGCAAUGGCAACCACCAACAACUACUUCAUAUCAUCCAGUUUUUGUUACAAAUCAUUUGGAUAUGCCAAACGAAACACCCGUUAUACAACCAUCAUCAUCAUCAUCGAAUGAUGAAUUUGAUUUAAGUCGAACAACUUCGCAGAUCAAUGUUGAUCAAUCAACGGAAUAUCCCGCAAUGAAUACACCAUUGUUGUCUUCGAUUCUGGAACCAUCAUAUCAACCGGUUGAAAAUACAGUAACUGCUGUUCAACCAACACCGAAUAUUGAUUCAACACUUUUUUCAUCAUCAUCAUCAUCGACACGACCAUCAAUCGUUCGAAUUAGUUCAAGUGUUGUACGAAAACCAUAUAAUCCACGUUAUACUAUUAAUAAUAAUCCAAUAAUGUCAUCAAGAAAUCGUUUACGUAUGCGUAUAAGUUCUCGUACAUCACAUUUACCCGUGGUUGAAUCUUCGACAUCCACAACCAUUUCGGAUAUGGCUUCUCCAUUGCCUUUUGAUGAUUCUAGUUCUUCAUCGACGAUUGAAGAAAUAUCUAGCUCAUCAAUCAAUAUUGUUCAACAUCGUCCAAAUCUAUUCCGGUCGAAAGUAAUUUUCCGUCCAAGACCAGGACAAACUGUUGGACAACAAUUGAAUAGUAAAAUGAUGCGUAUUAGUAGCCGAUUAGUUCGUCCAGGUGCUACAACAUCAUCUGAUUUAUCUUAUAUGGAAAUUUCAAGUCCAACACCGACUUUGAUUACAUCAACAUUACAAACAUCAAGUAAUUAUGAAUCUAAUGGUGGUAAUGAUAAAAUGGAUCAUUCGGAUGCAGCACGUGCAAAUAAAUUUGUACGUGUUUCGAAUGGUGUAACAUUAAUCAUAUCAAGUCGUGUACCAACACCAACACGACCAUAUACAUUUGAACCAACAUUAGUAACCGGUGCUGCUGUUUUAAUGAAGAAUAUCCUGCCGGAACAACAAGAAUCAUCAAAUGAAUCGAUUCAACCAAGUAUGACAACCGAAACUGUUGAAUAUCUUCGUACAAGUACAUUAUUAUCAACAAUGACUUAUUUUGCAACUUUGUUCAAUGGUUCAACAUCAUCAAUAACACCGAUUGAAGAUGUUAAAACUGAAUUUAUUACCUUCCCUGAUACAACUACUGUAACAAGACCGGUCGAUUCAAGUUCUUAUCAUUUGGAUAGUUCAAUAACAUCGAUGUCAAAUCAAAUAUUAUUCCAUCCAACUGAUUAUAUAACAUCAGCACCAAGAUUACCAUCAUCAUCAUCAUCAACUGUAUCAUCAGCAUAUCGACCAUCAUAUUUAACCAGUUUGAAAAGUACUUAUACAACAUUAACCCAUUAUAUUACACUGUUCCAUGGAUCACAUACUGUAUUAUCAUCGAUUGAAGAAAUAAGUCCAACAAUUGUUACCGAAACUUUUGGUCAACAACAAACAAAACCAUCACAUCAUAGUGAUGGUCAAGUUUCAUCUUCGAUCAACGUCGAUCAUCAUCAUCAUCAUAUGCCAAAUAUACGUUAUACACAACCAGCAAUCGAUAAAUCGAAAAAUCUUUUUGCUGGUUUAAUGCCAAGUGUUUCAACAUUAUUCACUACGCAUACUUAUUAUACAACAUUGUUCAGUGGUACAACAUCAAUCAUACAAUCACGUGAAGAAAUUACACAUUCAUUGAUUACAAUGUAUGUUCCAAGUAGUCAAAUCAAUCAACAAAUGGCAACAUCAACUAGUUCGAUUCCUAUGACGGCCACUGAAUCGCCUAAUUCAUUUAACAACAACAAUAAUAAUAAUUAUGAAGAUUUUUGGCAAUCAAUUGCUGGUGGUAGCAAUGAACAAACACCACCAUUAUCAACAACAACAACUUCCUAUUCGGAUUAUGUACCAGAAGAUUUGGAUGGUGAAAUUCUUGUCGGAAGUGGUUCAAUUCAAUUAGAACCAAGUGUUAUUGAUACAAUUUCAACAUUAAAAGAUACAUCGGAUGCAGUGGUUUAUUUUACAAAUUUUAUAUUACCAACCAAUGUUAUUGAAUCAGAAAAUACAAUUGAUGGUGCAAAAGGACCAUUAUUAAAUCAUGGUGAUUUAACAUUGAUCGGUGAUCAUCAACAACAUAAUCAUCAACAACAUAAACCAUCAACAAACAUGGCGGUAGUACCAUCACCACCUUCAAUUCCAACGGAUCUGAUACAAACACAAUCACCUGCUAUUAAACCUGGUGCUAUAAUUGAAUUAACCGAUCUAUUGGAUGGUGCUAAUCUGGCUGGUAAUAUUGGUGAAGCAAUCAAAGAUAUUGUACAAAUUUUGGCUAAAGGUCAGAAAAAUAAAAUGACCAAUCAUCAUCAUUCUACACCGGUAUUAGAUAAUAAUAAUAAUAAUGCUGCUGCAUUCGAUAUUGAUCGAACAUCAGUUGUUAAAAAUUUAAUAAUGCCACCUAAAGAUGGUGCUACAGUUAGCCAUUACAUGGAUGAUCCUGUUUAUAUACCGAUUAAUCAACCACCAUAUCCUAAUGAUCAGGAUUUAUCACCAUCACCAACAAUGAUUUUACCAUCAUCAUCGAUAUUUGAUCGAACAUCUUCAGUAUAUUUUAUGGAAAAUAUGCCACCUGUAGUUUAUGUUCCAGUUGAAUUGCCCAACGAAUCAUCAUCAUCAUCUUCAAUCGAUAUUGAAGCAACUUUACCAAAAUUAUCUAUCGAUGAUGGAAGAAUGAUAACAUCAUCCAUUCUGGUUCAGCCAUCAUUUACAAUUCCAUCAUCUUCAUCUUCUGCUACCGUUCGAGAAACAUAUCUAAAAUCACCAAUAUUCAGUACAGCAGCAUCAUCAUCAUCGAUUCCAGCCAAAUCAUCGAAUGAAAUUCGAACCAAAUAUGUGACCAAUGUUUAUUAUACAAGAGAUUCACCAUUAACAAUAACAUCAUCAUAUACAUCGACAAUGCCACUUCGAACUGUUAUCACUACUAUUGUUGGUUCGAGUACUAUUCUGAAUACGUAUAGUACGGAAAUUCGACCGACAAAAUCAACUCAACAAUUUAUUUCGCAACAUGGUAGUACAGCGACAACAGGAGAUUCCAAUAGAAUUCGAAUGCAAAAUGGUGGUACUACAUCAUCGACAAGCAGCAGCAGUAAUGGUGGUGAACAACAACGUACACCAUUCCGUCCAACACGUAGACCUGGUGGUAUCAAUCGAUUUAAACCACCAUCAAGAGCAACUGAACCACCAAAAAUAUUCAAAACAAGUCAUCGUCCAAGACAGCCAUAUAAACCAUCACCAACACCACCAACGGAUUUUGAUAUCGAUCAACAACGAUCCGGAGGAUCAGCAACAAAAAAGACAACAAUAUUUUCAUAUCCAAAAACAACAACACGGCCAUCGAUUCUUGAUCUUGAUCAAUGUAAACCUGGUUGUAAUGCAGCCAAUAAAGAAAUUUGUAAAGAAUUUGAUGGUAAAUUUAAAUGUGAUUGUCGUGCUGAAUUGCAAAACUUUAUCGUAUUGGUUCGUGUUACCAGAUUAGGUGAUCAAGAAUUAGAAUGGAAUAGUAUACUAAGUAAUCAUACAUCAGAUUUAUAUCAGAAUUUAGCCCAGGCUGCAAGAAAUCAAAUUGAUUCAGCUUAUAUAAUGAUUAGUAGUAUGAAAGAAAAUUAUAUCGGUACAGAUGUUUUAGAUAUUAAUAAAGCACAAGAUGGACAUGGUGUUUUAGUUAAUAUGACUAUUCAUUUAACCGAAUCAAAUAAUAUUGAUGAAGAUUUAAUUCGUGAAGAAUUAUCAAGAACAUUGAUGAUGAAACCACAAUCAUCAUCGUCGUCGGCACAUACGUCACACGAUUCAUCAUCAUCAUCUUCUUCUUCUUCCGAACAAUUACCAAGUCCACAACAAAUUUUUGCCGAUUUAGAAGAUGUUAUUGAUUUUGAUGAAUGUAGUUCGGAUGAAUAUAAUGAUUGUGCUAGUUCAGCACGUUGUAUAAAUGAACCAGGAUCAUAUCGUUGUGAAUGUUUAAAUGGUUAUCCGGAUUUAGAUCUUUCAUUCCCCGGUAGAAUGUGUGCAUCCGAAAUUAAAGCCUGUGAAUUUUGUUAUGGUCGUGGUGAUUGUUAUCGUGAUGAUACUGGACAAAUAAGUUCUUGUAAAUGUCAUCGAAUGUAUUUAGGACGUCGAUGUGAAAUAAAUGGUUUAUUAUUGGCUAUUUUCAUUCCAAUCAUUGCUAUACUAAGCAUCAUUACAAUUUGUUCAAUUGUUUAUUGUUGUCGAAAAUGGCGUAAUCGUGCAUUGGUUAAAGGAUUCCGAAAUUUUAGUGCUUAUGGUCCUAAUAUGAUUGGUUCAACAUUAGAUCGUAAAGCAAUGCUGGAAACUUCAAGUGAUAAUAGUGAUCCAUUAAGAUCACAUAUAUCAUAUGAUGGUCCAGCGGCUAUAACUACUGCGGAUGCUACAUUACCGAGAGAAUAUAGACGUCGUCGUGAAAGUGAACAUCCACAUUCACAUACACAUCAUCAUCAUGAUCAUCAUCCAUAUGUUGGUAAUGAUAUGAUGGUCGGUGGUGGUGGUGGUCAAUCAUAUCCAAACAUUAAUAAUACUAGUUCAAUAGUUCCAUAUAAUUUUAGUACACAAUUUAUGAUACCAAGAGUUCGUAAUGCUAGUUCAACAAGUUUACAAACUUAUGGUAACAAUCAAACCAAUAACAGUAAUAAUAAUCAUGGUGGCCGUAAUCAUAGACAUCAUUAUCAUGGUCAAAAUAACGGUAGUCAUGGACAUUCACAUAGUCAUCAUCAUCAUCAUCAUCAUAAUCAUUCUUCAUUACAACAACAACAACAACAUCAUCAUCAUACAUCAUCCGGUUAUGAUUAUGAUGGCGCCAGUGGCGGUAAUCAUCGUCAACAUCAAUAUGCUGCUUGGUAAAAUUGAUUCAAAAAAAAAAAAAA